AUGUACAGCGCAAAGAAGGACUCGCGUCAGAGAAGCGACGUCCAUGUAGGUGUAGUGUAUCAUGCAGGGCAUAUUUUGAGGUGGCAGCGCGGGGGUUCAACGGUGCCCGGAGAUGUGUCAGCUGAGCCAGCGGGCCCAGGCGGCCCCGGGGAUUUCCGAAGCAGCGUAAAUGCUGGUGCCUAUUGCCUGGCGCUGGUGCCUCACCUGAUCAUCUCGCCCGCCAUCUCCAUACACAGGAGCCCAGCUGCGAUUGAGCAUCGGGCGGUGGACGACUGGAUGUUAAACCGGACGGUCCUGGAUCCGGAGUGGAGAUUGCCCGCUCGCCGUUUUCGGCAGGCGGCCCCGAACCGCAUGGAGUGGACCGUCCCCGAGCACCACCAGAUUUUGGGCGAGCUGAACGCUGCGUCCAACUCCACGUUUCGGCGGCCAGCAGAUCUUUGCCUUUUGCGCAUGACUGCAGCCUGA